GGAGGGUGGAGGAGGCUGGAUGCAGCUGCUGUACAGCGAGCAUGGAGGCAGAAGAGAGGCUGGAGUGAGCUGCAACUGCAUGCUCACUCCCAUCAGCCUCAGCCAGGACCAGAACUCCACACAAGCCACCCUCCUGGACACAAAGAAAAACUGUUGGGCCGUGCCAUGUGCAGAACUGGAGUCAACAUGGACUGGCUGUGACGAUACACCUUGGAAGCAGGCAGUUAGGAUGUCUUCCUGCAGAGUUGGUCUCCACAGGGAACCAUUGAAAUCCUCCUCCUUUGCGUACCAACAUGUUAAGCGGCUUCUUGGAAUGCAUCUGAAACCAUACCAUAAGCUGCAGAAAAAAGAAUCUUUUCUAGAGACACGAUCAAAUCGAGGCAUGCAUCUCAACAAUCAGAAUUCUGUAAAGGAAGAAACGUGUAAAGGCGCUACAAAGAAUUGUUUGCCAUCUAAUGAUAAUCCAUCUCGACUACCACUUGGUGCAAUCUCCCAGAAUACAAUCCAGUGCAAUACAGUGGGGUUGACUCCAAACAGUUUUGAGGUUCAAACAAAGAACGUUCAGUCCCAGACAAUACACCACGGCGAUACCGGGGAAGGCCCAUUGGAUAUAUGUGCAAUUAUCAAACCUGGGAACACAAAGGAGAAGGUCGCUUUCUUUGCAGCACAUCAUUACAGCAACAUUAGAAACAGUUCAAUGAAAAUGAAGUGUACUGCGGACAUGAACGGCAGAGCCGCUAAAAGGCGGAAAAAAUCUGUUGAUCUCAAACGUGUAAAGAACCAACUGGAAAAGAUGCAGGAAUCACAGAAGUGUUUUCUGUCUGACGCUCACCCAAACGGUGUUGAAAAUUGUUCAAUGAACUAUGUUGCAAGCAGUGAUGGGAUUCUUCCGGAUAAACCUCUUUCUGUGAUAGAAAUGGUAGCUUUCCUAGAACGAAGAGCAAGUGCAUUACUUUCAGAUUGUGCGAAACCUUUCAACAACAACAACCAUACUUCAAGGCUUCCUGGAACAUCUAAAUGUUCUCUCCCAGUUUCUGUUUCACUCAUGUCUCCUGAUAAAGACAACGUGGAAAAGGAUGAUCAGCCAGAAUCUGUGUGUGUUUUGGAAAUGGUUGCAAAACUUGAGUCUGAGUGUUUGAGGCACCAGAAUGUACGAGAGUCGGGUGGGCUUUCACGGAGCAACAGUUUCCGCAGAAAUGUUGGGAGGAUGUUGCUUGCAAGUGGUUCUCAACUGGACUCGAAUAGCUCUCAGAAGGUAUCUUCUAUAUCGGCUGAGACGGUGGAAAACGUAGAGGCUUCUGCCAAUGUCCCGCAUAAUAAAACUAGUUUUCUAGUUAAAUCAUGGGCAAACUGUCCUCAAGCUAAGGCCCAAGAAACACAAUCCCUGUCUACUGUGGAAGACUUGUAUGUAGCAAAUGUGGACUUUGACCUGGUGAGGGAAACCUGUCUGCAAUUUAGAAGUAGGGGGGAUAUUUCAAUAACCGUGGAACCUUGUACAUAUUCUCUGCAUAUAAAAGCAGUUGAAUGUGUAGCAGAGAGCACAAACGUGAACGAUUGUGCUGUUGAUGAUGAUGAAAGCUUUGAUGGGUUUCCCGCCGCAGCUGUAAAUUCUGGCGAUAUAUUGAUGCAUACAUUGCCAGAAUGUGAAAUCAGAUGCACACAAGAUAAAGCGUUAACUUUGUCAUGUGACUCGUGUCCAGGGACUUUAUUUUUUCAGCACGAUCAAAAUCAUGCUCACGUUAAAGUAAACUCUGAAUUAAAAACACAGAUGGAGGUCCAAAAGAAAACCGCUUUUAGUAAUGCUCUGUGCAUACAGAAUAGCUCACUGAUUGCACAAUAUGCGGUUUCUAUAUCAUCGCUUGGAAGUGUAUCUCAGGUACUUGACACUUCUAUAAAAAGACAGGUGUCUCAUAAUUUUCUGGAGACCCGCUUUAAAAUCCAACAGCUCCUGGAGCCUCAGCAAUACAUGAUAUUCUUGCCUCACCACAUUAUAGUGAAGAUAUUUCAUUAUCUCCCCACGAGGACACUGGCAGCUCUGAAAUGCACUUCAUGUUAUUUCAAAUUUAUUAUUGAACAUUAUGACAUUCGACCGUGUGAUUCACUGUGGGUUCGAGACCCACGCUAUAAAGAUGAUCCAUGCAAGCAGUGCAAGAAAAAGUAUGCAAAGGGGGAUGUCUCAUUAUGCUGGUGGCACCCCAAACCUUACUGCCAAGCUUUACCGUACGGGCCCGGGUUUUGGAUGUGCUGUCAUGUGUCUCCUAAAGACAGUCGUGGUUGCAAAGUUGGCCUUCAUGACAAUCGCUGGGUGCCAGCUUGCCACAGCUUUAACAGAACCAUUUGUAAGAAAUCUGAAUCGGAGGAAGACUAAUGUUGGUUGUGAUGUUUUGUUAUGUAGAGGAUAAAUUUCAUGCCCUGUAUUGUUUACAUUGUACAUAAUCAUAUUCACAGGGUUGAAAAAAAAAAAAACUGUACACAAUUUAACACAAGAGCCUUUAUCCUCACUUUAACUGGAGAUGAACUUUUAUGUAAAUAACGUAUAAUAGAUAUAUAAAUAUAUGAUCUAUCGCUAGCUGAUGCAGCAUAAUCUUCAAUGCAGCUAUGGUAGUUUUGUGGCUACGUGUGCGAAUGUGUGAUGGUGUGUUUUUUUUUGUUUUGUUUAUUAAUGUCUUGUUAAUCCUUAGUGUGUCAGAAGUGUUCAGAGUAAAGCUUUGCAUUGUACACACACCCCUGGCACGCCCAAGGAUCAAAUCUGUAUAUCUUGUAGAAUGUUUCUAAAAAGGAAAAUAAAUAUAUAGGGCUCGAAGCAUUUAAAAGAUUGUUUUAACUGGACAAAAAAUAUAAUCAGACUAGCACAAGUGUCUGAAAUACUGUGACAAGUGGAUAAAUGGGGUGACUUAUUGUGUAGUGCGUAAGGAGGAAAUUGUCUGUUUAAAUAAAAAUGUGCAUCCUAAAAAAAAAAUCUCCUUGUUUGGUAUUAAAAAAAAAAAUAUAUAACUUUAAAACGAA